UCCACGGGCGCGCGGUUGUGCAACGGCAAGUGGAGCGAGAGCCGCGGGCGCCUCAGAAAACAAGCCGAGCCCAUAAACAAAGCCACGUGGCCUCGGGGCCGGGGGGGGCCGGGCUAAGAGCAGGCGCUCUUCCGGCAACAAAGAGCCGGGGCCAGCGGCCCAGGAUAAAUACUGUGGCCCGGACAGCCGCGCAGCACUCCCGGAGCCUGACGCGCAGCGCGACCCUCCCCAGAACAGAGCCCUCUGAGAGCGCAGGGUACCGGCUCCGCACCCCCAAAACCCUCAACCCUCCUCGCCGGUGCCCUGCACUUCCCCGCAUCGCGGGCCCCGCACCCGGAGCAUCGGCCAGGGCGGCUGGUCUCCAACGCCGCCAGGCCGAUCCAGUCUAUCAGUUCGUCCAGUCCGUGAGUGGCGUCGGCUCUCGGUGCCAUGCCAUUCCUUGGGCAAGACUGGCGAUCCCCGGGGCAGAGCUGGGUGAAGACAGCCGACGGCUGGAAGCGUUUCCUGGAUGAGAAGAGUGGCAGUUUCGUGAGCGACCUCAGCAGUUACUGCAACAAGGAGUCAUACAACAAGGAGAAUCUUUUCAACAGCCUCAACUAUGAUGUUGCCGCAAAGAAGAGAAAGAAGGACAUACUGAAUAGCAAAACCAAAACUCAAUAUUUCCACCAAGAAAAAUGGAUCUAUGUUCACAAAGGAAGUACAAAAGAGCGCCACGGGUACUGCACUUUGGGGGAAGCUUUCAACAGACUGGACUUCUCAACUGCCAUUCUGGAUUCCAGAAGAUUCAACUACGUAGUGCGGCUGUUGGAACUGAUAGCAAAGUCACAGCUCACAUCCCUGAGUGGUAUCGCCCAAAAGAACUUCAUGAACAUUUUGGAAAAGGUGGUACUGAAAGUCCUUGAAGACCAGCAAAACAUUCGACUCAUAAGGGAACUGCUGCAGACCCUCUACACGUCCUUGUGUACACUGGUCCAGAGAGUCGGCAAGUCUGUGCUGGUUGGCAACAUUAACAUGUGGGUGUAUCGCAUGGAGACGAUUCUGCACUGGCAGCAGCAGCUGAACAACAUCCAGAUUACCAGGCCUGCCUUCAAAGGCCUCACCUUCACCGACCUGCCUUUAUGCUUACAACUGAACAUCAUGCAGAGGCUGAGCGAUGGGCGUGACCUGGUCAGCCUGGGCCAGGCAGCCCCCGACCUGCACGUGCUCAGCGAGGACCGGCUGCUGUGGAAGAAGCUCUGCCAGUACCACUUCUCCGAGAGGCAGAUCCGCAAGCGAUUAAUUUUGUCAGACAAAGGGCAGCUGGAUUGGAAGAAGAUGUAUUUUAAGCUUGUUCGAUGUUACCCCAGGAAAGAGCAGUAUGGGGACACCCUGCAGCUUUGCAAACACUGUCACAUUCUAUCCUGGAAGGGCACUGACCAUCCCUGCACGGCUAACAACCCAGAGAGCUGCUCCAUUCCACUUUCACCCCAGGACUUUAUCAACUUGUUCAAGUUCUGAAUCCCAGCACAUGACAGCACUUCAGAGGGCCCCUGCUGACUGGAUAACUGGGGACACAGUUUGGACACUCCAUUUGUAAAUAGUGUACAUUUUAAACGUUGGCCUGAGACUUCUCAGAUAAGUCCUUGAGAGGACCUUGGAGGGGAGAGCUGCAGUUGCUGAUGGGAAUUUAAGAAUGUGAACUUCACAUGGAACUGGUCUGGAAAAGCAGUACUGUAAAUAAACUUUUUUCUAACAAUUUGCCAGCAAGACUCUAAAGGCAAGCAUUCUAUGUCGGCCAUGAAAAUGGAAUUCUCUUGAUAUUCAUGGAAACUCCUUGAUAGUUCCCUAAGAAGAAAAAGGCAAGAUUCAAAUGCAAGAUAGAAUGCUCUUUUACAAUGUGAAAAUCUGUUUUACAAAAAAAGAAAAAAAGAAAUGAAAAGAGGAAGAAAGAAGAAAAACUACAUAUAAGAAAUCCUUGGGCUUUGGUUUUAAUUGAGUUUGUUUUGAAAAGGCAAAGAAGCGCCACCCCUGAAACCUGGUGGGCAUAGGCCUUACCCUACGAGACACCACACAAUGGUCUACCUCUAAAAGCAUAAAGCGUGAUCUCUGACAACGUGCAUUAUCCAGUAGGCAGUGUCUGUGUUUCUUGUAAGUUUUUUCAUCACUAUAAAAAGUGAUUUAAAAUGGAAAGGAUGUUGGAAGCAAGCCUCUUCUUGUUUCACACUUCCUUUUUAGGCAAACUGGGCCCUCUUUGGAGUCCCCUCCUUCCUAGAACAAUCUCAAAGUACAUGUGCCUUUUUUCCUUCCAUACUGUAGUUCCCUGGGGAAAGAGAAGGCCAAUCAAGAACAGUCCCAGUAGAAACCAUACCCCAGAAAAAAGGGAAUCAGGCACUGUAGCUAUGAAGACUUCCUUCUUCUGGUUUAACUUCUGGGCUUGUCUGGGCUUCCUUGGGUACCUUCCUGGAUAAGUGUAUGUCUGUGAACUGACAUACGAGUACUGGGGCUUGAGAGACAGGUUUUACCUAUCAGUCAAUGGAGUAUUUUGCCAGUUGUUCUUCCCAUCGUCAAGGUGAUAAAUUGAGCUUUCUUAAGUCCAACGUCAACCUUGAGACAACCUAAACUAGGGCUUUUUGCAAGUGUCAUUAAAAAUAAAGCCUGGAGUUCCAGCCAAAUAGGGAGAUGAGUUCAUCUUAAACUGAUUUCAGGGCUGAAGAGUUAAAAUGAAGAGAGUUAAAACCAAGAUCCCAUGGGAUUUUGCAAGGCAGGUAUCAGCAGGUCACUAUGGAAGAAAGGAAAUCUCAGGACCUCAUGAGUUAAUUGUCAGAUAGAUAUUCCUGGAAGAGGGUGGGGAAUUUUUUUUUUUUUUUUUUUUUUACUUUUUAUAGAAAGUUGCUUUUCUACAACAAUGUACAUAUAUUUGCAGUUGUAUUUGCUUCCUUCCCACCCCCAAAGUUGCCACCCUGCAUGCCCUUGGCAAAUAACUGAAACAGAAAUAGGAAUUUGACUCACAUUCACAUUGGGGAACAGUGUACCCUUGAGGGUUGUCCCUUGGGGUGACCCUUGGAAGAGAAAGAGGUGGCUAAGCAAGUACAGAAACAAGGCAAGGGACAGCAGUGAUUCAACACCUCUCUGUGCCUGUCCUUCAAAAACACUCAAACCACAUAUCAGCAUUCUGUAGGCAACUGUCCAAUGCUCCCCACUUCAUAAUGCUUAUACUUGCACCAGGCUUUCUCAAUAUUUCUUUCAUUAUCAUCUCCCCACAAAAGAAAAAAAUGAAUGAAUUGAAUUUAAAUUUUCCCUAAUGAGAAAAACCAAACAGGAAUAAAAAAGAUUAUGUUGUAUCAGGUUGACCUUUGGAGGGCCACAAACCAUUGUAAUAACUAAGAGGGUUUUUUGGUUUGUUUUUCUCUCCCAUAUCAGUUUUACAUGGAGAAUGGAGGGCCCAGACUAUUAAAUUAAAUGCUACUUCUUCCAUAAUAUUCAGGUUUGCUGAAAUAUCUUACCUUCCUUAAAGGUAUAGAGUGGAUCCGAGUAUGCCAUUGCUAUGGAAAGUUCUGGAAACUUUGUCAGCUUCAGGUUUAGGGGUUCAUGGUCUUCCAUCUUCCCACCAAUCAUGACCUCUGCUCCAUCAUGUUGACCAAAGAAAGGGAAAGUUCUUGCCACUUUCAGGUUUGCAAUCCUAGGAACAUUGGCUGCUUUGGAUUAUUAGCACAAAACUAGUAAACCAGGCUCAUUGUACAUCAUACCCCAGGCAACAACCCGCAUUUGUGCAAAACGACCACCACCCCAACAGGUAGAGUCAUUGUUUUGUAUAUUAUUUACCAAGAUGGUGCCUGUGGACUCUGCCCAUGCACUUUGGUGUUACUGGAUGUGGUGUGUGACAGUUGGAUGUCUUUUUUUAAGGAUGAAAAAAGAAGAAACCAACAUUUAUGGGUCUCUUUCAUUGGAAGUGGAGAAUAAGGAAGGAAUUGGCAGGUAGAGAGGGAGGGGGAAGGGAUAGAAAUGGUGUAUCUUUGAUGCUGUGGUUUGUGUGGGGACAGUGGAAGGAGGAGAGCAGGCAGACUGUGUUAGACCACAUGGUUUCUAUUAGGCAUGGCCAGAGCACUGCAUGUAAGUAUAGUGAGUUUAGAAGAAAAUUCUUGCUCCCAGGACACUAAUAGGCUCCCUGUUGACAAACCCACCCAGGACAAACUGACCCAAAAAAUAAACACAAAGAAUCCCUGUCUCAGAACUGCUGUUGUAACAGCAAGAAGGGGCACGGAGAUGGAAAUUUCUAAAAGAGAUAAACUGCUAUACCC